CAUUAUCAACAGUCAUUCGACAGAAUCACUGAAUCGGUUAGAGAAAUGCGGAAAUGAUAUUGUACGGGAGUGUUUACAGGGUUGAGCGGAGAGGUGAAUAAGAAUUCAGCCGAAACUACAGGGGAACGGAUCUUGUCACAGUCGAGCCGUAUGGGAGCUUGAGGAUUAGGUCUCUGACAGGUCUGUACUCGGGAGGCGAGUGCCUAGAAUCACGAUGCAAGAUUAUUCACAAUCACCACCAACAAUCUCCUUGGAGGAGUUUAAUGAUGGUGUCUUUCCAAGAGAGAAACAUCUGCCUUACAACAUGAACGCUGGUCAUGGUGGUGCUUCAGCUAUCCUGCUUCAUACCCGGCAACGUCAGUCGACCACCCAGAGUCAGUUGAGUCUAGUUCAAUCCGGUUUCAACUCGAAUACGUUCAACACCAAGCUGAUUGUGACGUCAAGGUUAGGUAUACCUGCAGCCAGGGACAACGGACGCUUUGCGGCUUCAAUCGCACGUGACCUCCAAACAAAUCACGACGGGGAUUUGAUCAUGAAGAUGAGAGAUGGUAGACACGAUGUUACUUUGUUUUCCAACCAGGCUAUCUUUACCCGUGGAGGACGCUUCCCACAAAGAGAGUGUUCACCAGAAGGUAACCUUGAUGUAAGCCUCCAGGAGCUUGGUUUUGUCCACCUUAGUGAUACCGUUGAGUACACUGUGUCCGUUCUUGUGGGAUGUAGCACGUCUAGGUCUGAUGAAAGCACCCCCGUCGCCUGCUGCUAUAUGGUAGAGGUCCAGAGGAUUGGGGAUUGUUGGAAGCUUGAUGCUGUUCCAGCUGGGAAAUGUGGACCGAAUGAGAUGAAAAACAACUGGAAGUUCGACAUUAACCAGGACGGCUUUUUCAAGAUCGAAGGCCCUCCAGAUAGCCACUUUGUUUUCCUAUGCAACCGAAGUUAUGCCGAGGAUACACCCGACACCUCGCCUUGUGGCAAGGUAUUUUUCACUCAAACCUACAACGGCGAGCACAGCACAACUCUUGUACCCAAGAUCCGAACUCACUAUGGCCGAGCAAUGUUCUUACUAUGCUCCAGGUCUAACCCUGACACCAACCUUGUCACAUCGGCUCUGUACUUUGUGGCACCAAUGGUGAACAAGGUGGGUGUGUACUACAUCGCAGAAAGCACUGAUGAUCCGUCACUGUCGACCCCAGCCCUUUGGUUGGUGAGUAAGAAGAUAGGGAAGUUGGCGGUGAGGCUGAAACCGGACCUGACUGGCCCUUGCCGGUAUGCCUUCUUCUCAAAUGCACCGGAGGACCUUGAAGAUGUUGAAACUAGGUGCCUUCAGAGCGACUGCAUCGCUACAGGAGCUGACACCCCGCUGCGUGGUCAUCUCUCCAUCAUUGAUGGCUGCUUGAACGUCUGGACCGAUAGAAGAGUUGACAUCAAGAUUGAGUCUGGCAACCAUACUGCCGUGGUCGUACAUGAAUCCGAGUUGGAGGAAAAGUCGGGGAGGUUUACCUUCCAAAAAGACGUUUCAAAUGAGAUCAAAGAGGGGAAGGGCGUGUACGUCUUUAGAGCCAGUGUUAAUUUGAAAAAUAAAGAGAGAAGAGAUGUGACUAUCGAGUUAGAGGGUUCACCCUGUCGGGUCAUGAAGCAACUACCUGGUGUCCAGUUCGCUAUCAACUUCGGUGGUCCAGCCUACCAGGAUGUAAACGGCGCCCUCUUCGUUGAUGGGCGAUCUGCUUUACCAUCCAUCUGCUCAGAUCCUGAUCGAUACUACUACGGCUGUCACAUUGACCCGUUGAGGAACUAUCCCCAAGUAGUUGGAAGCACCAAUGAUGGCUCAUUGUAUACUACCUUCAUAGGAAAUAGACCAAGACAUGAUGAUACCUUGGAUUUCAGAAUUCCUAUGCCCGGAGGGAGAUAUGUCCUCACACUGUUCGCAAUGUCCUCGGGUUUAGAUGACGUCACUGCUCUAGUGAAUGGAGAUGAUUUAUCAACUCAGAUUCAACAGCAAUUGCAUAGUCAGACAGAAACUAUCCCAGAAUGCACUGCAAAGAAAGCAUCACUUCCUGUUACUGUGUCUGAUGGUACCCUUGACAUCUCCCUGAAAAGUGAUAAAGGCAUUCAACUUUCUGCUCUUCUUGUUCAGAGUGAAGAUACAGGCAUUGAAAUUUCGUCUAACGAAUUAUCAUCAGGUCAAAAGCAAGAGAUUGGUGAUGAUCUUGCUCCUCUUGACCGUCACAUUGCUGGUUAUGACAUCAGAAACCUUGCUUGGUCAGGUGAUAUUCUUAGGAUGAGGAAGGAAUAUACACCGGAAGGUGAUUCUACGCAAUGGCAGUCACAGCUUGGCGGUGACGGUGUGGAGAAAAGACUAGUCUUAACCGGUGAAAAUGGUGUUUAUGAAUAUCACAUGAAUCUUGAGGAUUCCUUCGAUGUGAGCUGUCUUGAUAAUGCUCCACCAGUUCAGUUCUCUUUAUCACUGCGAUCUCCCGCUACCUCUGGAUCUACAUACCAAAUAACACUCACUCUAGAAAGAUCUGAUGGCACAGUGGUUCAAACGAAAUGUACGAAUGGCACACUGGAAAGGUCUGAUACUUGGUCAAGGGUCAUACUGACCGUUGGAGAAUACAGUGCAGGAUCAAGGAGCGUAAGGAUAACCACAGAAGUUGCAGGUCGAGGGAUCGAGGUCUCUGCAUUCAGUUUGAGGAUGAAGUGUCGUCGGCCACAUAGGACUGGUCUCAAGGAUACUCUGUGUGAUGUUAAGAUUAUCAAGGACACAAAGAAGCUGGUCACCCUGAUACGGGGCUUGGUUCAGAAGUACGGCCUCCCUACCUGUCCAAUGUCGACAGAUCGACCCGGAAGUGAAAGCUCAAUAUCAACAUCUCCGCAAGCGAGUCCGCUGAACCUUGAGGCAUAUUCGGACGACGGCAAACCAGCAGCUUCGGAACAUCAAGGAGUGGGCAAAGAUGGCACCAAGGGGCAAGGGGGCCAAGUCCUAAAGCAUCAAAGAAAGAAGAGAGAGAUCAGGGUCUUUCUCUCCAGUACGUUCCUUGACUUUACAGCCGAGAGAGAGAUCCUGAUCAAGAAAGUGUUCAAUGAGAUAAAGAAGAUGUGUCUUGAUCGCGGUGUGUUCUUCAGUUAUGUCGAUCUCCGUUGGGGUAUCACUAGCGACCAGAGCAAUGACGGAAAGACACUUUCGAUAUGUCUCAGAGAAAUUGACCGAUGUCGUCCCUACUUUCUUUGUAUUAUUGGUGAUCGUUUUGGUUGGAGUCAAAGGGAAGGCGAGGUCGAUGAACUCCUCAAUAAAUCCUACGACUACGCCAUCGCAAACUUCAACCAUCUGAAGUGGAUUGACGAGUACAGAUUCAAUAGCAGUGUUACUCAGCUGGAAGUUCUCCAUUCGGCUCUCCGAGAUAGAGAGAAUGCAUCCGAUAAGACGUUCUUCUAUCUAAGGAAAGCAAAGACGAAAGAUGAGCUUUUGAGUAAAACUGGCCACGAACCUGAAUGGAAGAUAGACCAACAGAAAGAAUUUCGUCAGACUUUGGAGGAAUCUGGUCUGCUAGUCCGCCAUUAUGACGUUGCCGAUGAUGGCACAGAUCUUAUUCGGAAGGAUUUAGAAAUGUGUAUCAAUCAAGAUUUCCCACCCGAAUCCAAACUCACUCCUCUUCAACGGGAACACGAAGCUCACUUGUCCUUUGCCGAAGUCCGCCGAAGAGUGUACAUCGGGCGGGCCGAGUACUUCACGAAAAUCGACGACUAUUUUGCUGGAAAUCCGAAGUUACCCUUCGUGGUUCUCGGUGAAUCUGGGAGCGGGAAAUCGGCCCUUGUCGCAAACUGGUGUGGCCGAUUUGAGGAUGAACAUCCUGGUGAUUUCAUGUUCAUGCAUUUCAUUGGUAGCUCUGCGGACAGUGCCUCACAUCUCAGAUUACUACGAAGACUUUUUGAAGAAUUAAAGCAGCAUUUUAAUAUCGACAUGGGUAUCCCGACAUCUGAUAAAUCCUUGGCCCAGGAUCUCCCAAAGUGGUUAUCACUGGCCGGGAGUUGCGGCAGACGAGUGCUUAUUGUCCUCGAUGCUUUGAAUCAACUGGAUUCGGGCGCUGCAGGAGAAGGAGAUGAGCUUGAGCUAAAAUGGCUACCUCUUGAGCUCCCACCAAAUGUGCAAAUGCUUCUUUCUACCUUACCGGGGAAGGCGUUGGAUGCCGUAAAAUCGAACAACUGGCCAGUAUUCCAUGUUCAUCCCUUAAACCAAGAAGAGAAAGGCGAGAUCAUACGAUGCUAUAUGGAACUCUACUCGAAGAACCUCAAUACUGAACAGACAGAUUUGAUAGUCAAUGCUAAACAGACCUCCAAUGCUCUUUACCUAAGGGCUUUAUUGGAUGAGGUGCGCGUUUAUGGUUCUUUCUACCAACUGACUUCAUCAAUCAAGAAUUAUCUAGAAGCACAGGAUCCUGGUCAACUGUUUGUCAAAGUUCUUGAACGUCUAGAGUCUGACUUUGAACAAGGAGAACACGGAAGGCCUAACCUUGUUCGGGAUGCAACCUGUGCUCUUUGGUGCAGUAGCAGAGGGCUGAGCGAAGAGGAACUAACAUCAUUUCUGCAGGUUCCAUCACGUAUUUGGUCGCCUUUCUACCUCUCCCUCGAGGAAAACCUUGUUAACCGUAACGGCAUCGUAAACUUCUUCCACGAUCAUCUACGACAGGCUGUAGAGAGGAAGUACGUCUCAGUCCAUGCAGAGAAAAGACGAAACUUCCUAAAUCUUGCCGAGUUCUUUGAAAAGCAGGACAUAAAUGAGAGAUAUGUGGAAGAGCUACCAGCAUUGUUGAUGGAGCUGAGUGAUCUUCCUAGACUCAAGAAGGUUGUCAUGAUCCCCAAGGCAUUCCAGCUUCUCAUGAACACAUCAGAAGGCAAAGUUCGACUCAUCCAAGCCUGGAGAAUGCUUGGAGGUUUUGAGCAAGCAGGACAGGCCUACCUUGAAUUCGUCAACCAUUCUAAAGCUUUCAGUGAGGUCAAAGAGAAGGAAUCCCUGCUAGCCUGUCUAACAGACUUCUUCACAGAGCUGGGUAUCCUCAAAAUUGCCAGGCAAUUGAAUGAGAGGCUUCUGAGUACACUGGAAGACCUUCAUGCAGGAAGUGACGUCUGUCAUGUGACUCAUCACGUGAGAUAUGAGACCAAGAAAACAAGUAGACAUCGUGAUGUCAUUGAAAACUUGCUUGAGUUGGGUAUCGUAUGUCAGAAGUUAGCCGACUAUACCGCCGCCACUGCCUACUUCGAGGACGCCCUCAACCGGUUGUCUCACCCUGAUACAGUUGAACAUCGCCUCCAGAUGAUCAAAGCUCUUACUGGACUAGGCCAAGCGUAUAGUAUGACAUCACAACCGUUGGAGGCUCAACGAUUCUACCUGAAAGCCCUUGAGAUAUGUGACCAGGUUCUACCAGUCAACCAUCACUACACUGCCACUCUAAAUGGACUGAUUGGAGAGUUACACCAGAACCAAGGAAGAGCAACAGAAGCGUUGCAAUACCACAUCCUUGACAUACUAGAGACUCAACGCACUGCAGGACUGGGGAAGCCACGGGUAGCUGCCAUCUUGAAUAAUAUUGGGUUGUCUUUGAUGGACCUCGACCCAAUGGGAGAGGAUGCCCUUCCGUUUUUUGUUGAGGCCUUGUCAAUACUCAUCGAUGCUUAUGGACCGGUGCAUGUCGAUGUUGCUUCUGUCAGAAUGAACAUAGCUGCCUACUUCUUCAAUGCCAAGCUGUACAAAUAUUCUCUCUUUCAAUAUAAGAGAGCAUUCGAGAUAUUCAAGGUUUAUAUGGGAUCUCUCCAUCCCAAGUCUCAGGAAGCCAGGCAAGGACAGAAAGAGUUGAGGCCGUUUACCAUGGUGCAAAAAUAAAGGAUCUUCCAAAUCAUUGCCUAAUGUUGAAAUAUAUGUUACCUCUGCUAAGCUAUCAAAUCUUACUUUAUAUACACCACGUUCUUAUAUACGUUUUGUUUACUUUGAAGUACAUUAUAUGUGUAAAAUGCGCAAUAAAGGAAGUAAGUAUUAUUUCAAUAUUAUCAUUGUAAUUAUACCUUGUGUGGUAAAUGCAAUUGAAUUAUAUCUUAAAGAACAUUGAAAUAAGAGUUCUGUGGUGCUGAGCUAUCGAAGAGAAUGUUGGUGCUUACAUGCAGAUUUUAUUUUUUGACAGUACACUCCAACAGGGGAUUGGUUAGAAAAGUCAAUCUGUUGGCGAUUAUGAUUGUGUGUCCAACCAAACAGUGGUCAAUCCUGCCUGAAAUUCUGGUAUAAUCUAACCAGGAAUUGAAUAUGGCUGAAUUUAUUUCCUAUCAUAUUGGUAAACAAUUAAGCCCCUAACUAUGUUAUAAUGAUGGUCAUAAAAUUGACAUUUAUAAAACGCUUUUGACAACAUUGUAUAAAGCGCUGUUUAAAAAAUUAUACAGGGUGAUAUACACUUGCAACAUUCUAACUCCAUGCUUGCUAUGAUUCCAUCAAAUAGAAAUCACAUAUUUUCUUAUUUCCCACCUUUUUUCAUGGGGGUGUUUGGGGGUUUUUCCUACUAAAACUCAAAUCGACCUUCAUCUAAAGCUAUUGUUAAUAAAAGCUGUCGCUAUUUGACGCAUCCAAUUGAAGUAUAUUCUUUGCCGGGCAAAUCUAUGUAAAGUUUACCCGCUUUCACGUAGGCACUCGCUCAGGAAUGGCUCAUCAAGAAAACCCAGCAACAUAUUUUGUUUACAACGACUAUCAUUAGAGUCCAAAAUGUUUCUUCGAAAUGUAACCAAACUUGUUUUAAAGGUUAUGACACGUAUGAAUAGAAAUUACCAAAAGGAAUGUGUCAUGUGUUGCAUGAACAAACCCACUACAUCAUGAUAUUGUAAUGAAAUCGUCAUAACAUAUUUAUGAAUCCAGGAGAUUCAUUUCUACCCAACUUUGGACUAUUGUGUUGAUUUGAAGGAUGAAAAAUAAUCACCCUUUUAUGAAUUUCAUCUCCCCUAUAGACUUUGUACACAAAGUACAAAAUAAGCCAUUUUCGGCAUGACAUUGUCUCUUAAAAAGUCACGUGGCGUCGCGAUGUUGCGAAUUUGGUUUCAAAAGUUGCGCGAGACUUCGAA